AUGGUGGAAAGACGGAACUGGAAGCAUGUGGUUGGUGAAGAGGAGAGGGUGAGUGAUCGAAAUGGUAGUGAUGGUGAUGAGUUUGAUGACGAGCCAAGUGGAUUAUACAACUCCCGUUCUCUCCCUCCCCAAAUACCUUCCCAACCCCGUCGCCAUUUCCACUCUGCCGUCACCUCUCCCUCACUCCCGGCCGUCGCCUCUCCUCACUCCCCGCCGUCACUCCCUUCCUCCUCGUUGUCGCCUCCUUCUCCCUUCCCGCCGUCGCCUUUGGUGGGUGCACGAGCACGAGCGCGAGUUGCUGCACGACCGCGCGUUGUUUUCGUAGGCACCUUUGUCUCAGCGCCUAUCGCGUUGGCACCUAACACGCCGGCGCCUUACGCGCGGGCGCCUAUCGCGCUGGUUGUCGCCUAUCGCGUUGGCUGUCGCCUAUCGCGUUGGCUGGCGCCUAUCGCGCUGGCUGGCGCCUAUCGCGCUGGCUGGCGCCCAUCGCUCUGGCUGGCGCCUAUCGCGCUGGCUGGCGCCUAUCGCGCUGGCGCCUAUCGAUCUGGCGCCUAUCGCGCUGCCUGGCGCCUAUCGCGCUGCCUGGCGCCUAUCGCGCUUGCUGGCGCCUAUUGCUAUGGCUGGCGCCUAUCGCGCUGGGUGGCGCCUAUUGCGCUGGCGCCUAUCGAUCUGGCGCCUAUCGCGCUGGCUGGCGCUUAUCGCGCUGGCUCGCGCCUAUCGCGCUGGCUGGCGCCUAUCGCGCUGGCUGGCGCCUAUUGCUAUGGCUGGCGCCUAUUGCUAUGGCUGGCGCCUAUCGCGCUGGGUGGCGCCUAUUGCGCUGGCGCCUAUCGAUCUGGCGCCUAUCGCGCUGGCUGGCGCCUAUCGCGCUGGCUGGCGCCUAUCGCGCUGGCUGGCGCAUAUUGCUAUGGCUGGCGCCUAUUGCUAUGGCUGGCGCCUAUCGCGCUGGGUGGCGCCUAUUGCGCUGGCGCCUAUCGAUCUGGUGCCUAUCGCGCUGGCUGGCGCCUAUCGCGCUGGCUAGCGCCUAUCGCGCUGGCCGGCGCCUAUCGCUCUGGCUGGCGCCUAUCGCGCUGGCUGGCGCCUAUCGCGCUGGCUGGCGCCUGGCUGGCGCCCAUUGCGCUGGCGCCUAUCGAUCUGGUGCCUAUCGCGCUGGCGCCUAUCGCGCUGGCUGGCGCCUAUCGCUCUGGCUGGCGCCUAUCGCGCUGGCUGGCGCCUAUCCCACUGGCUGGCGCCUAUCACGCUGGCGCCUAUCGCGCUGCUAGCGGCUAUCGCGCUGGCUGGCGCUUAUCGCGCUGGCUGGCGCCUAUCGCGCUGGCUGGCGCUUAUCGCGCUGGCUGGCGCCUAUCGCGCUGGCCGGCGCCUAUCGCUCUGGCUGGCGCCUAUCGCGCUGGCUGGCGCCUAUUGCGCUGGCGCCUAUCAAUCUGGUGCCUAUCACGCUGGCGCCUAUCGCGCUGCUAG